AUGAUGACACAAAAGCGACUUGUUUAUAUUGCAAUGUCAGCGUUUCUCGUGGUAGCAAAGCAGUUUCAUCGAAGGGCUUCACGACAUCUAACACACGUGAAGCGCUAUCACGAAAUGGAGUUGGAAAAAGACACCCCAGGUACCUCAAGCGCCGACGGUGGCCCGCCGCCUAAAAAACAAGCUACUUUGGAGCACAUUUUGGAAAAAAGUGUCAUGUAUGAUACCGAUGACCCUAGGGCAAAAGCGAUCACGCAAACAAUAGCUGAACAAAUGUGUGUAGACAUGGAGCCGUUUGACUUAGUAAAUAAACUGGGGUUUCAACGCACUAUUAAGCAGUUUUGCCCGAAAUACAAAAUGGUUUCCCGUCCCCAUAUUUCGGAAAAUGUAAUACCAGACAUGUACUGCCGUGUAAGAACCAAAAUAAUGGAACUUUUGCAUGAACUUCCGCACAUCACUAUCACGACUGACUUAUGGACAAGCGAUGCUUCUUCGUCCGUUAACGACUUUAUAAGUGUGACUGCUCACGGACUUGAUAAAAAUUUUGAGUUGAAGAACUACUGCCUAGAAGUAUUUCCUUUUGAAGGCGAAAAUCAUAGCGCUGAAAACAUAGCUCAAAACUUACGUCAAUUAUUUCAAGAUUGGCACAUCAGCGAACGGGAUGUCGUUACUCGCUGGGAUUCAACCCUUCAUGCACUUAGAAGACUUUUAGAGCAACGAGUUGCAAUUCAAGCUUCUUUGCCUCAUGUGAAAUGUAGAACUGAAUUGUCUACAGAAGAAUGGCUAUUGAUGGAACAAGUUGUUUCGACUUUGAAUUAUUUUGAAGAAGCUACAAAAUCUAUAAGCGAAGAAUCUGCUUGCUUAUCUGACGCUAUACCUCUUAUUAACAGUUUGCGAAAAGUUUUAAAACAGAUCAAAAAUAAUCAAGAGACCGCGGACGACAGUUACAGCAGCCCAGAAUAUUAUAAUUUUGUAGAGAUUUUGUUAGCUGGAAUAAAUGACAGAUUUGAUUAUCUAGAGAGUGAGGAAACCUUUAUUUUAUCAACAACACUAGAUCCGCGCUAUAAAUUGCGUACGUUCUUUCUACAAUCCACAAGCAUUGAGGCGAAAAGAAUACUUAUCUCCUUAAUUACAAACAGGGAUACACAUGUUCCUGUAGAGCGUGUAGAGUCACAAAAAAAGCAAAAUGAGACUUUCUUAGGUAUCUGGAGUGCUUGUGACAGUUUGAUUAAAGAAGCAGAAGAGGAGGAACCUUUAUCAAACAUGUCUAGUCAUCCUGAGCAAGAAGAGCUUUGUAUUGUAGCAACCGCGCCAAUAAUUGAGUUAAAACACUAUUGCCAGCAGCAGGGCCAGAUACGUUGA